CACUCUUAGAACAGCUGCCACUUUCGUGGGGGACCAAGAACAGCAGCUCUGAAAACAAUGAGGGUAAACACUCAGGCCUAAUCGGGAUCCUGAAAACAAGCCAGCUGAUAAAACAUGGCGUCUACCCAGAAGGCCACAGUCUUUCAGGUGUACAAGACAAAUAAAAAUGGGUCCAAGGUAGCAGUUUCUUCACACAGAGGGGCUGAGGUUACUACCUCCGCUCCUCAGCGGACACAUGGGUAUUAUUCCUCAAGCCAGCGAGCUGCUGCUGUCUCCCUGAGUCCUCCUCCUCCUCCUGCUCCUCCUCCUCCUGCUCCUCCUCCUCCUCCUUCUUCCCAGAAAAGAGCCGAAGCUGCAUCCACCACUCACCAUUCAACAUCAGACUACCCACGCUCUGUGUGCCCACAGUCAGGGCCUGGCCUCUCUGCAGUCUCCACUUCACGGGGAACUGAGACCCGAACAAGAGUAGAGGUACCCCGCCAUCAUUCUCCUCAUCACUCUCCUCAUCGAAAGAACCAGUCAGUCCAGACACUGUCCUCCCAUCUCGCAGGAGUGAACCGGACUGUCAGUCCAGUCAGGGAAGACUCAACACGAAGAACUGAGAACAAGCCAGGGCGCGAGGUUGGCUACCAUUCCUCCAUGGCCUCUGACGCAAAAUACCGUCACUUGUAUUUCACAAGAGAAAAAGAGGAGGACCCACCCUCCAAGGUCCAGAACCCCCAGGGGGUUAAAGUACCCCGUAGGGUUUCAGCUUGCCCGAAGGAUGAAGCUAUACAAACAGAGCCCACCCGAAGGACUACUGCUGAGGUCAAAUCUUCAAGAAAUGUCUUUGUCCAAGAGCAUAGUAGUCGCACGGCUAAUACCCCUCAGAUAGUUAUUAGAAAGAUCCCUCCCCAGGAGCCAGAAGUUGGUCACAGCUCAGUACUUUCAGAACCUAAGACCUCGCAAAAGACCACGAAAUUGUCAACAGGCCUCAAAUUUUCUGUUCUUAGAGAUUUAGAUGGGGCACCACGAGCUCCUCCUCCCCCUCCCCCUCCUCCUCCUCCUCCUCCUCCUCCCCCCCAUCCCCCUCAUCCCCCUCAUCCCCCUCAUCCCCCUCUUCCUCCUCGACCAGAGCGUUCUUUCUGUAUUGAGACGAAGCCCCCAAAGAUUUUAAUAUCCGAAACGGAGCCCACUGUGAGGUCCCCACCCCGAGAACGUGAGGUCGGACGCAAGGUGACCAUCUCCCCAGGAAAACAGUCAAUGCAGUCACCUCAUCAUGUGACAUGUCGAACAGUGUCUGAAGGAACCUAUAAGUCUCCCCUAUAUUCAGAGCUUUCUCCAAAGCCCUCUACCCAAGCCACUGCAGCCUUUGAGUUGACCCCUCGGCCUUUGCCCCCUCGGUCCUUACCUAAGUAUGGGCCUGAUUGCUCAUGGUGGGCCUUACUGAAUCCUAAAGUUGAAACACCCCAAAACCAAUCCAUAUUUGAUUUUGAACCUAAGUCGCCUCCCUUCCUAGACCCUUUAGAGUCCUUUUAUGAAAUGGACUCAACCUCUUUCUGUGAGGACCUGAUGUUCCAGAGAGACAAAGCAAGCUUACCACCAUCCCCAAAGGAGUCUUUAUACCGGGUACCAUUGACAGAAGUGCAAAAGACCCCGAAGUGCACCAGCAAACAACCCUCUCAAGGGUUCAAUGCUUUCUUCCUCGAUGUUUCCGAGGAAAUGUACAACCGGAUCCUCUGGUGGCUGAAAGAUGAGGAGAUCAAGCACUUCCUGGAGGACAACAGUGAUGAUGCUGAACUGAGCAAGUUCGUGAAGGAUUUCCCAGGAAGCGAACCCUGCCACCCAACGGAGUCCAAGACAAGGGUGGCCAGGCCCCAGAUCUUGGAGCCAAGGCCCCAGAGCCCAGACCUCUGUGAUGAUGAUGUGGAGUUCAGAGCCACGUUGUGGUCCCAGCCCUCUGACAGUCAGCAGUACUUCUGUCCCCCAGCCCCUCUCAGCCCUUCCUCCAGGCCCCGCAGUCCAUGGGGCAAGCUUGAUCCUUACGAUUCCUCUGAGGAUGACAAGGAGUACGUGGGCUUUGCAACCCUCCCCAAUCAAGUUCAUAGGAAGUCUGUGAAGAAAGGCUUUGACUUUACCCUCAUGGUGGCAGGAGAAUCUGGUCUGGGUAAAUCCACUCUUGUCAACAGUCUCUUCCUCACUGACUUGUACCGGGAUCGGAAAUUGCUAGGUGCGGAAGAGAGGAUCAUGCAAACCGUGGAGAUUACUAAGCAUGCGGUGGAUAUAGAAGAGAAGGGAGUGAGGCUGCGACUCACCAUUGUGGACACUCCGGGUUUCGGGGAUGCAGUCAACAACACAGAGUGCUGGAGGCCCGUGGCUGAGUACAUUGACCAGCAGUUUGAACAGUAUUUCCGAGAUGAGAGUGGCCUGAAUCGCAAGAACAUCCAAGACAACAGGGUGCACUGCUGCCUGUACUUCAUCUCACCCUUUGGCCACGGGCUCCGGCCAUUGGAUGUUGAAUUCAUGAAGGCCCUGCAUCAGCGGGUCAACAUUGUGCCUAUCUUGGCUAAGGCAGACACACUGACACCCUCUGAAGUGGACCGAAAGAAAUGCAAAAUCCGGGAGGAGAUCGAGCACUUUGGAAUCAAGAUCUAUCAGUUCCCAGAUUGUGAUUCUGAUGAGGAUGAGGACUUCAAAUUACAGGACCAAGCCCUAAAGGAAAGCAUCCCAUUCGCGGUGAUUGGCAGCAACACUGUGGUAGAAGCCAGGGGGCGGAGAGUUCGAGGCCGGCUCUACCCUUGGGGCAUCGUGGAAGUGGAAAACCCAGGUCACUGCGACUUUGUCAAGUUGAGGACAAUGCUGGUGCGUACCCACAUGCAGGACCUAAAGGAUGUGACCCGAGAGACACACUAUGAGAACUACAGGGCACAGUGCAUCCAGAGCAUGACCCGGCUAGUAGUGAAGGAACGGAAUCGCAACAAGCUGACAAGAGAGAGUGGUACUGACUUCCCUAUCCCUGCUGUCCCACCAGGGACAGAUCCAGAAACUGAGAAGCUCAUCCGGGAGAAAGAUGAAGAGCUGCGGCGGAUGCAGGAGAUGCUACACAAAAUCCAAAGACAGAUGAAGGAGACUCACUAACUGGCUUUUGGACCUGAAUAUUUAAAUCUCUUCUACCAGCCCACGCCGGCCUCUCUCCCUGCAUCAGCUCUGCUCAGGCCCCCUGCAGCUCCUACCAGUUCGCCUUAUAUCCCUGCUGACUUCUCAGAGACUCAGAGGAAAUAAACUAACCUAUAUGUGGC